GACACACGCACAGAUCCAAUCACUCAAACCCCCCAAAGUCAGCUGUGUGAUUGGAUCUGUGUGUGUGUGUGUGUGUGCGCGCUGAUAGUCUUAAUGUGGUAACAGCAUAGAGAGCAAUGCAGACCACCAUAGGUCUAUAUACAGUAGUAGAGACCACCGCAGUACAGAGAGCCAAGACUUACAGGCCAGCAGGGGACUUUUAAAACACACACACACACACAAUGACGCGGUACCUGAGCGCCUUCCGCCGCCUGCUGUCUCGCCGCAACAAGGCCGAGGACGAAGGCGAAGAGGAGGGAGAGGUGAAGAGUGACGCUGCUGAACCCGAGCCGCAGCUGAAGGGGAUAGUAACGAGGCUGUUCAGUGAACAGGGGUUCUACCUGCAGAUGGAGCCAGAUGGAACCAUCAAUGGGACCAAGGAUGAGAACAGCGACUACACUCUGUUUAACCUGAUUCCAGUGGGUCUGCGUGUGGUGGCGAUUCAGGGAGUGAAGGCUGGUCUGUAUGUGGGGAUGAACGCUGAGGGGUUUCUCUACUCGUCAGAGGUCUUCACGGUGGAGUGUAAGUUCAAAGAGAGCGUGUUUGAGAAUUACUAUGUGAUUUAUUCGUCCACGCUGUACCGGCAGCACGAGAGCGGCCGCGCCUGGUUCCUCGGCCUCAACAAAGACGGCAUCAUCAUGAAGGGCAACCGCGUCAAAAAAACCAAACCCUGCUCGCACUUCGUCCCCCGCCCCAUCGAAGUGUGUAUGUACAAGGAGCCGUCGCUGCACGAGCUGGACGAGAAGCAGCGCUCCAGGAAAGACUCAGGGACUCCGACCAUGAACGGAGGAAAGGAGCUAAACCCGGACUCCAACGAGCAGGACGGAUCAUAGCUGCUCUCUCUCUCUCACACACACACACGUAUAUACACACAUACACACACACACACACACACAUGCAGCACCUCCUGGAGCUGAACGUCACCUUCAACAUCAACAACCACCAGAAUAUCAAAGGAAGAAACCAACUGACGUGAAAACACACUGAAAGGGACGAAACUGAAUCCUUGCCUGUGAAUAUCGUAGAAAGAAAACAGUAGAAAAACAAACAAAAAUACGAAAUCAGGACAUUUUAUGCAAAGCCUGCCGAGUGUGUGUCCGACCCGCGUCCCCUCGGAGCCGAGGCGGCGGCGCGUGUGAGUUCUGGAAGGUUAAGCUUUAAGCCAUGUACGAAUUCUCAUGUGUUGAUUUACGAAUGCAAACGCACUUUUCACGCGCUUCUGUGUGUCGCUCUGCUCAUCAUUAUCAGUCGUUACUAUCGACCGUCUCUUUUCUGUUGGUCUGACUCUGUUUGUGGGCGGGAGGUGUGGGGGGGGGAGGGGCUUCACAGUCUGCUCUCUGAUUGGCUGAGGUGGUGAAUGGUACUGGAGCGCUGGCCUGUGAUUGGCUGUGCUGUGAUGUCACAAAGGAAAUGACCAAACAUAGAUUUGGAUAUUUACACGAAUAUCCAGUGAUGUCCGGCUGCAGGCUGAGCUCUAGACUGGCCAAAGCCUCAGCUCGGGAGGAGGGAGCCCCUCAGUGGGUGGAUGUUAGCCAACAAGCUAGCUAGCUAAAGAGUUGGUGCGGUAUCUCAUGCUAAUUUUAGGUAAAUAAAACACAGUUGUGGUUAGCUGUAGUUACCCUCCCAACUAUGUUAGCUAGUGUAGGUAGAUUAAACCACUUCCUCACAUUAAGCUAGAGACCUAGAACAUUAGCUUGUUAGCUAGCUAGCACACCAAAACAGUGGCUUUAAACUAACCUGUGAUUAUUAAAGCUUGGCCUUCACUUUGAGCCAUAAAUUUCUCAAAAAGCACCUUUGUUAGUGCUAUUUCUUUCUAGCACCUCUAUGGGAUUUCUAGUUGUAUGUUAGCGCUAAGCUAACUGUAGAUUAAACACAAGUUUGAAGCUCGCAAAUAAUACUAACAUAUAUUUGACUUUUUCAGUAGGUUUUCCAUUUUUAACAACUGAAACCUGGUUAGACUACAGCUUAUUUUCACAGUCACUUAUCUAGAACUUAGAGAAGAUCUAGACUGACGUUGAUUCUCUCUUUAAAUUGGUGCCAGUCUGUAUCUGCGUAGAUACCAAAGAGAGACCAAUUCCGAUUGGACGGUGUACCAUUGGGCGUUUUGUUUUCAACUAAAACUUAAAGAGUUUUAAAACGACUUUUAUUGCAAUACUUACAAUUUAAAUACAAUGAGUACGAUAAUUCUAUUAAAUAAAAAAGAACCAAAAAUUAAACAUAUUUUUUUAGUUCUCGCAAAUCAUUAGCACUUCUCUGAAGGUCCUGAGGGUUCCUCGCUGUAACUACAUCGUAAAGAAUUUAUUUACGCUACAAAAUUUAACCUAACAUUAAUGUGAGCUACGUUACCAACACUUUAGCAAUCUAACUUCGAUAGCUAUUUUGCUCCCUAGCUGAGGCUCCGCCCAGUCUGCGGUUUGAUCUGCGGUGCUUCAAAUGUCUGGAAAUUUCCCUACGAAGGUGUUUGCGCGAUGGGGGAUCCUUAACUGCCGUUUGUCUUAUCGCAGUCACAGUCUGUGUUUUUUGUAGAUUUUAUUUUGUAGCAUUUGGCGAGACCGGCGGGGGAUGGACGUUUAAACAGCUGCUUUACGAAUAAAAACAAAAGCGACGGUGGUGAACAAACCACGGCCGAUUUUUAACGAUGUCUUAAUGUUUUUUGAAAACUCCCCCCCCCCGCGCCUUUACGACUAUUAAUACUAUGAUUAUGAUUGUUAUUAUACUAAGCUGCUAAUUUUACGCUAAACUACUAAAGUUAUACUGAAAGCUUGCCUCUCUUUAUCCUGCAUGAGCAUGUCCAGACUCUCUCUGUGCUUGAUCUCAUUGUGUUCGACCUCGUUGGCCCUUGUUUAUCAAAGUUGCGUACGAGCAAAUAUAAUCGUGAAAAAAAGAGAGUACGCAAAUUUUGCUCUUCGGGUUCAUAUCAGUUUUACUAGGGCUGUCAAAACGAUCGCGUUAACAUGGUGUUAACAUUGGUGGCGCUAAUUCAUAAGAGUGAAUCUGUACGAUAAAUUCACGUCUGGUGUAAAUUUGUGCAAAAAUAGUUAAUAACCUAAAAAUGAUUGGUUUGCAGGUACAUAAGCAAAGUAAUUAUCAACAUUAUCAGUAUGUAUCAUAAUCAUUGAAAAUAUUAAUGGUAACAAAAAUCGCUCAAUGGCCUAUAACCCUGCUGGACUGUUUUUUUUUUUACAUCUUUUAUUCAAAUCUGCAUAAAUUAGGGAGUGUUUUAUGUAAAUUGUAUGUAAAUGAAGGUAAAUGACACAAAAGUGGGCUGAGCCAAGUGCUUCACACCUUACAUCUCAAAUUUGCAUUCAUUUCUAAGCAAAUGCAUCUUACAAAAAAAGAAGGUUCUACAAGUGUUCUUUGGUAAAGACGAUGGUUCUAUAUAGAACCAUGAACACUCGUGAACGUUAAAUGCUUCUUUUCAUGGUGGAAUCGUUCUUCAGAUUGUUUUGUGUAUGGUUCUAUAUAGAACCGAAAAGGAUUCUGGAAUUGUGUACAACGUCAAGCUUGUAAUAGAAGAACUGUUUUUUGGUGCUGUACAGAACCGUUUUCAAAGGGGUUCCAUAUAGAACCAUUUACAACACAGCUUCCAUCAAUCUGAACAACGAUUUCACCAUGGAAAGAACCAUUUAAUCACGUAAAUGGUUUUGGACUGGUUAUGGUUCUACAUAGAACCACUGUCUAUGUACUGUCAGAACCCUUGAAGAGCCAUCUUUAUAAGAAUGUAGGGCUUGACAUCUAGUGAGAGUGUAUAUCAUAUAUUAUAUAUAUACAGUCAGUGAGUGUACAUGUCAUAUAUAUCAUAGUCAGUAAGUGUAUGUAUCGUAUGUCAAAUGUACAAUCAAUGAGUGUAUAUAUCAUAUAUAUAAAAUAUACAGUCAAUGAGUCUAUAUGUCAAGUUUCUCAUAUAUACAGUCAAUUAGCAUAUAUGUCACAUGUAUAUCAUAUAUACAGUGUGUAUAUAUCAUAUAUAGGUCAGAUAUAUCAUAUAUACAGUCGAUAGGUAGACUAAUAAAGGCUGUAUUUGAACAAGAGCGCUACAAUCACAGAUCUCUCAGACUGACACACUGCAGCUGGGCUUCAGCCUGCACGGCUACGGGUGGGUUGAAGGGUCAAACUAGGAGAGCGUGUUUUGACAGCCCUAGUGUGCAUCCGUUACACUAUACAACAAGCAGCUUCACAGCAGCUCGUGUUUUACUGGUGCGAUCUUCUCCGAUAUCACUAAAUUGGUAGAACCGCAAUGUUGCUGAUAUGAGUGAUAUAUCGGUCGGGCCCUCUCUGCUCUCACUGUGUGUGUGCUCUGUGUGUGUGUGAGCUCUAAUUGAUUGUACACACUCUCCCCAGUGUGUAUUUCCUGCCAAAAGCACAGACUGCCCUCACACACACACACACACACACACACACACACACACACACGCACACACGUAACUCUGCAGUAAGCCUGAAUCUGAUUGGCCACUGAGGUCCAGCUCGCUCCUCCAUCCAGCAAACGUUCGUUGCUCAGAAAGAGCCAAUCAGCAGUGCUUUGCUAAAGGGGGCGGGGUUUGUGAGAAGUCUUCCAUUAGGAGAGCAGCACCAGCAUCACCUGCACGUGUCAGGGGGCGGGGUUACGGGUUCGGGGGCGGGGUCAGUGGGGGGAUGUCACUGGCUGGUUCACUGCAAAAAUGAUAUCUUUUACAAGUGAGUUCAUCUCAAAUCUGGUCAAUGUGUUCAAUAUUUCUCAACAAUGUUGCUCUAAGAAUAUUAUAAAGAUUAUUUGACCUGAAUGUAAUAUUGCUGGUGAUGGGAUUAAUAUAAAAAUAUUAUGAGAACAUUUGACUUAUUUCUAGACAUUUUUACGAGUAAAUUUUAACUUUUAAAUUUUAAAUUUUGUUACAUUAAAAAAUGCAAAUUAUUGUGCAUAAACUUUUUUGUCUGAACAGAACUAGGCAUCAGGCUGCGGCCUAUCAAAGUAAAGUGGGCACAGAGGGGGCGGGGCUUAUCCACCAACCCUCCAAUUACUGUGCUUUUAUUCUGAAGAGUUUUUAAAUUGAAAAAGUUGUGAUGUUUGGGGUUUAUUUUGUCAGAAUUCGGCACGGCAACAGCUAAAUUGUCCACGUUAAUAGUUAAUUCCACGUGUAAAAGCUCUGAUUUUUGCAGUGUAAAUAAAGAUGUCUGCCUGCGUUUGAGAGAAAACUUUAAUUUUUGAUUACUGCCUAAAGUUAACGAUGUUUUUUGUGUUUGUUAAUGUUUGCACCUUAAUGACGAACCACAUACAGAACCAUGAUGUAAAUGAUUGUCUUAAAAAAACAUCGCAAGAAGAUCAGAAGGAUGAAAAGAUAAUUUACCAAUUAAAAAUAAUGAAACCAAA